AUGGUCCUUCGUCCCUCUCCAGGUCCUCGUCCUCUCAUGGUCCUCGUCCCUCUCCAGGUCCCUCGUUCCUCCUCAGGUCCCUCGUCGCUCUCAUGGUCCUUCGUCCCUCUCAGGUCCCCUUCCCUCACCAGGUCCCUGUCCCUCUCCAUGUCCUCGUCCCUCCAGGUCUCUCGUCCCUCUCAUGGUCCUUCGUCCCUCUCCAGGUCCCUCGUCCCUCCUGGAGUCCCUCGUCCCUCUCCAGGUCCCUCGUCCCUCUCCAGGUCCCUCGUCCCUCCAGGUCUCUCGUCCCUCACCAGGUCCCUUGUCCUCUCAGGUCCCCUCGUCCUCUCCAGGUCCCUCGUCCCUCACCAGGUCCUUGUCCCUCUCCAGGUCCCUCGUCCCUCACGAGGGUCCUUGUCCCUCUCAGGUCCCUCGUCCCUCUCCAGGUCCCUCGUCCCUCUCCCAGGUCCCUCGUCCCUCUCCAGGUCUCUCGUCCCUCUCCAUGUCCUCGUCCUCUCCAGGUCUCGUCCUCUCCGCCCCUCGUCCUCUCCAGGUCUCUCGUCCUCGCCGGGUCUCUCUUCCCUCUCCAGGUCUCUCGUCCCUCUCCAUGUCCCUCAUUCCUCUCCAGGUCUCUUUCCUCUCAUGUCCCUCGUCCUCCACCAGGUCCCUUGUCCCUCUCAGGUCCUCGUCCCUCUCCAGGUCCCUCGUCCCUCUCCGGUCCUCGUCCCCUCUCAGGUCUCUCGUCCUCUCCAUGUCCCUCGUCCCUCUCAGGUCUCUCGUCCCUCCAGGUCCUCGUCCUCUCCAGGUUCCCUCGUCCCUCCAGGUCUCUCGUCCCUCGCCGGGUCUCUCGCCCCUCACCAGGUCCCUCGUCGCUCUCAUGGUCCCUCGUCCCUCUCCAGGUCCUCGUCCCUCUCCAGGUCCUCCGUCCCUCUCCAGGUCCCUCGUCCCUCUCCAGGUCCCUCGUCCACCCAGGUCCCUCGUCCUCACCCAGGUCCUCAUGCUCUCACGGUCAUCGUCCCUCUCCAGGUCCUCGUCCUCUCAGGUCCCUCAUCCCUCUCCCAGGUCCCUCGUCCCUCUCCAGGUCUCUCGUCCUCACCAGGUCCCUCGUCCGCUCUCCUGGUCCUCGUCCCUCUCCAUGUCCCUCGUCCCCUCCAGGUCUCUCGUCCCUCGCCGGUCUCUCUUCCUCUCAGGUCCUCGUCCCUCUCCAGAUGUCCCUCACCGGGUCUCUCCGUCACUCCAGGUCCCUCGUCCCUCUCCAGGUCCUCGUCCCUCACCAGUUCCCUCGUCCCUCUCUAG